AUGUCAUUUACAAAUGAGGAGACACCCUUGCGGUUGGGAAAUUCGAACGACAACCAACCUCGACUUAACAAUAACAACAGGUCACAAGUGCAUUAUAUAUCAAUCCCUUUGAACAAUAAUCCAGAAUUCAGUUCUAACGAUGGAUCGUCCCCAACCCAGGAAGCCACAUUUUCAACAAGAAGGAGAUCAAUUCUAGAUCAACCAAUUGGGUCUUUUAGAGGUGUCAACUCUCUUAAUAGAUUUGCAACUUCAUUAAGAAGAGCCAAUUCUUUUAGGAAUAUUGAAGUGAACCCGGAAAUUGAAAGAUCUUUUUUCAAAGAUGAUAAUGAUGAACUGUAUGAUCCUGAAACAUUGGCUCCUUCCCACGAUGGAAGAAGAAUGUCUGUAAGUUUAACUAACGCCAUACCGAAUAUUAACCUACGUCAAUCAAUUCCAAACAUCGAUACAGGAAGUGCUGUAUUCCAAGAUACAGAAGAUUAUGGAUCAAUAAGAAGUGGUAUUUCAGCAGAAAACCAAUCAUCAUUAUUACGUCCAUCAAUAUCGUUCGCUGAUUUAAUUAGUAACGCAAAUUUUGAUACCUCUAUUAUUAAUGACACUGAUUCAAUUACACUUAAAAGAGUAGAAGGUAAAGAUGGUAAAAUUGUGACGCUUAUCGCAGGUCAAUCCACUGGGCCACAAACGAUCUUCAAUUCUAUUAAUGUUUUGAUCGGAAUUGGAUUAUUGGCCUUACCAUUAGGUUUAAAGUAUGCUGGUUGGGUUAUUGGGCUAAUCCUUUUAAUGACUUUUGCAUUUGGAACUUUCUGUACUGCAGAAUUGCUAUCUAGAUGCCUAGAUACCGAUCCUACCUUAAUGUCCUAUGCUGAUUUAGGUUAUGCCGCAUUCGGUACUAAAGGACGUGCUUUAAUCUCAUGUUUAUUUACUACUGACCUGUUAGGGUGUGGUGUAUCAUUGAUUAUUUUAUUUGCUGAUUCUUUAAAUGCAUUAUUCCCAAAUUAUUCUGUCACAUUUUUUAAAUUCGUUGCAUUCUUUAUAGUGACACCCCCUGUAUUUUUACCACUAAGCAUUUUGUCAAAUAUUUCACUGUUUGGUAUCUUAUCUACCAUCGGAACUGUUUUCAUAAUCUUUUGUUGUGGAUUGUAUAAAUCUACUUCUCCAGGAUCCUUAUUAGAACCCAUGGAGACCCACAUGUGGCCAUCUGACUUUAAAAGUUUAUGCUUAUCCAUUGGGUUAUUAAGUGCAUGUUGGGGUGGCCAUGCUGUCUUUCCAAAUUUGAAAACAGAUAUGAGACAUCCUCAUAAAUUCAAAGAUUGUUUAAAGACAACGUACAAAAUUACAUCAGUUACCGAUAUAGGUACUGCUGUAAUUGGGUUUUUAAUGUUUGGUAGUUUAGUUAAAGAUGAAAUCACAAAAAAUGUACUAUUAUUACCUGGAUACCCAAAUUUCGUCUAUGGAUUGAUAUCGGGUUUGAUGACCGUCAUUCCAAUUGCAAAGACGCCAUUGAAUGCGAGACCAAUCAUUUCAGUUCUUGACGUUAUCUUUAAAGUACAAAAUGCAGAAAGUAAAUAUGAAGGUACUAAAUUAAGAUUCGCUAAAAUUACUCAAAGUUUAAAUUGUAUUUUCAUUAAUUUAACCUUUGUUAUUAUCGCAAUAAUCUUUCCUGCAUUCGACAGAAUUAUCGCAUUCUUAGGAGCAGGAUUAUGCUUUACAAUUUGCCUAAUUUUACCGUGUCUGUUUUACCUCCGAAUUUGUAAAUCUACGGUUAAACCAUGGGAAAAAAUUGCAUGCCAUAUUACCAUUUUCAUCAGUGCGAUUCUUUCAAUCCUGGGAGUCGGCGCUGCUAUUAUUUCUUAG